AUGAUUCUUAAACAAUGCAGUUCAAGAGAAGGAUUUGAUUCAUCGAAUGAUAUUGAUCAAUAAGAUUUAGAACAAUCCAUUAAAAAAUCCAAAACCGUCUAAAAUAAUGUAGAAGGCAAUAACACUUUUGAAAAUAAGCCCAUGAUUUAAGAAUCAAAAAAAUAAUGUCGCUUUUUAAACUUAGAUGUUCCAAAAGCUAUGACUAACAAUAAAACGAUUUACUUGAGCUAACCAUUCUAUAAUACUAAAUAAAUUCAUAUGCUAAUUAAUAAUACAGAGGAACAAUAGGAUUUUGAAAUUUAAAUACCGAAAAUUUACAGACCUUUUGUUGGGAUGAUAAAAUAAGGAAUGAAAUUUGAUUCUAACUUCGAAUCUGGCAAUCUUGAUCGAGUUGAUUAAAUUUCAAAUGACGAAUAUAAUUUAUAUAUGAGAAUUGAUACCAAUUCUAUAGGUCAUAGUAAUUGGUUUUAUUUUAAAAUAACAUAAAAUGAAUAAAGAAAAGUCAAAUUUAAUAUUUGCAAUUUCACAAAACCUCAAAGCUUAUAUAUUAAAGGAAUGAAACCUUAUGUAUUAUCAGAAAAGAGUAAAAUCAAAUAUUUUACUCAAUAAGGUGAUAACAUCAAAUAUCAAUAACAAGGCUAAUACUUUAUACUCUCCUUUGCAUAUUAUUUUGAGUAUGAAAAUGAUGAAGUCUCAUUUGCAACUCUGCCACCUUACACUUACAGUUAGUUAAUAAAUAAAAUUAAAAAAUGGAGUAAAUCAUCAAAACAAUAUUUCACUAAAUUAAAAAUAUCAAAUACUUUAUCUGGAUUGGUGUUGCCUCUAAUAAUAAUCACUGAUAAAUCUAUCGACAAGAAUAAAAAGAUUAUUAUUUUAACAGCUAGAGUGCAUCCGUCUGAAACUUGCAGUUCUUAUAUGAUAUAAGGUUUUAUCUCAUUUUUGUUAGGCGAAUCUUUCAUGGCCUAAUAUCUAAGGAAAAACAUAAUUUUUAAGAUAAUACCAAUGUUGAAUCCAGAUGGAGUAAUAGUAGGCAAUUACAGAAAUGGUUUAAGUGGAGUAGAUCUAAAUAGAUAAUUUUAGGAGGCAGAUCUGACAUUAUUACCAGAAGUGAAAGCAUUGAAAUGUUUGAUUGAAGAUAAUCAAUAAAAACUAAUUGGCUAUUUUGAUUUUCAUGGUCAUUAGGUCAGGAAGAAUAUAUUUAUGUAUUGUCCUACACUUAGUUCUGAAACCAAGAUAAUUCCAUUGAUUCUUUAAUAAAGAUUGGAUUCAUUUCGAUUCAGAUCGUGUGAAUUUGGAAUACCAAAAUUUAAAAUGGGAACAGCUAGAGCUUAUGCUAAUUAAUUUAUUGAAUCUAUUUGCUAUACCAUAGAAGCUUCGUUUUGUGGUUAUUAAAAGGGAAAGAAUGUGAGAUUCAUGAGUUGUGAUUGGGUAAAAAGUGGAUUUUGCAUAGCAGAAACAAUAUUUCUGUAUUUGAAUAUGAAACAAUAGCAUUAAAAAUAAUUAAAAUCAAAUCAAUUGCUAAAGAAAAUAAAUGAAAUGUCAUUGAAAGUAGAAUAAACAGAAGUAAAACAUGAUUCCGAUGAUGAGAAUAAUAGUUAAUCCGAUGCAGAGAUAUUCGAAGAUUAUGAUAAGGAGAAGUUGAACGAACUUUAGAAUCAAAUGAAGAAGGAAUUAAGCCAUUAGAAUUUGAUAGAAUAAGGAGAUGCUAUUUUUAAACAUAUGAAAGUGUAGAGUGUAUCAAGGAGAAUUAAGGCCACUCCCUUAUAUUUGCUGACCAAAAAAGAUUAGCCACGUCCAUCAUUGUAUCCUGAUUUGAGUAUUCAGAAUUGGGAAUUUCGAUCUAAGAAUGCCAACAGUAAUGAGAGCAGGAAUUUGAUUCAGAAGAGAGGGAGAACAAAUAGCAAGUUAUUGUAGUCGUUCAGAUUUGAAAACAAACAGAGAGCCUCAUCUCAUUUAAGUGGUUCUCCAUUUAAUUAGACAAUUGAAUAAAUCAACAUUACUUAAAUAAUUCCGAAGAAAACUAUAUACAAUUUUCCAAUUCUAGAUAAUAUGCAAUAGAGUAUAGGGACACCUCUACCAUUCAUCAGAAAACUUCUAAAUGGAAAGAGUAAAAGGCUGCCAGGAUGA